UCUCCCCUGCUCAGAUACUGGAGAAUCAAUAUAUAUGGCUUCUUUGUUAGCUCGAUCUCCCUUUUUCUGUUUUUAUUUUUUUAUUUUUUAUUUUUUUAUUUUUAUUAUUAAGAAAAGUCAACUCAUGAUCAACAAACAACUUCUUAAAAAAGAAAACUAAAAAUUAUUUUCACGACUCAAAACAUUUUUCUAACAAAAACAACUCUUACAAAGAUUAUCAAAACACCGCCAUUGUUGUCCCCUCAUUGACCUGUUGACCCUUUAAACUACUUGGCUUUCCAUUUUUACGCGUUUCUACGCGUCGUAAUUUUGUUAAAACCGGAAUUAGUGUUCAUUAUAAAGUAGUCAUACUUGGUAUAUUGUCUAUAGAUUUUCUGGCCCGAGACUUUGGUGGGUUGAAGGUAAAGAAUUGUGAUCAGUUAACUGUUUGGAAGGAGUUGAGCUUGUCAGAGGUUUAAUAAUGGCCGCAGUCCAACUCGAUGGCUUCGAGAUUCAUGGGUUCCAUACUUUUCAAGAUUUAGGUAUUGGGAAUAUUGUGAAACACGCCGGAAGAAGAUGGCUCGGCAAUCAUGAAAUUUAUGCAAUAAUCUGUAAUUACAAGCAUUUCUGCGUCUAUAGCAGUCCAGUGAACUUGCCCAAAAGUGGUGCUAUUUUACUUUUUGACCGUAAGAGGGUUAGGAACUUCAGGAAGGAUGGUCAUAACUGGAAGAAGAAAAAAGAUGGGAAGACUGUCAGUGAAUCCCAUGAAUGCUUAAAAUUGGGGUUCUCCAAAUUUCUGGUUGGUAAUGAAAGAAGGAUCAAGGUAUACUAUGUGCGUGGCCAAGAUAACCCGAACUUUGCUCGCAGGUGUUUCUGUCUUCGUGACGAGAACCUAGAACACAUAGUCCUUGUUCAUUAUCGUGAUGAACUACAGAGGGACUCUGGCGAUAAGCAUGUAUAUUUUGUUGGCAACAAAGACUUUUUAGAAUCAACAGGGCUUGGUGACAAUUUAACUGUCCAGAAUCUUGAAUGGAGGCGUCAUGAGAUUAAUCCAAUGGAACGGGAUGAGCUUCCACUGACAAAUGAUUCUAACAACUCAACUGCACCUAAAGAAGAUGAAGUUUCAAGCUUUGAUCAAUCAAGUCAAAUUGAGAAGAAGAGACAACGAGAGGAUGUGAACGCCCAGCCAGGAGGGAGUGGUUCUGAGGAUAGGCGUAGGAGGAAUUGUGGGAAUACUUGGGAGUCAAGUAGCUUACAGCUGAAGUUCAUUAUUAACAAGCUCUUUCUUCCAGUAUUUACUGGGAAUGGAAUUAAAGGAGAAGUAGAUUUGGUUGAUGCUCAUACUGCACAACUUGUAACUUGUGGGCCAGAAUCCUCAGGCAAGGUUGAAAUUGUAGUUCUAGAGGGUGAUUUUGAUGGUGAUGAGAGUGGCAUUUGGACAGCCGAAGAGUUUAAAAACAACAUUGUGAAAGAGAGGGAAGGAAAGAAACCCCUACUUACAGGAGACGCGUUUGUAAAUCUUAAAGACGGCACCGGUGUGGUGGGUGAGAUUUCUUUUACAGAUAAUUCAAGCUGGACAAGAAGCCGUAUGUUCAGUCUUGGGGUAAGAUUUGUUGACAACAUUGAGGGAAUUAGAGUAAGAGAAGCAAAGACAAAAUCUUUUUUUGUCUUGGAUAACUGCCAAGAAUUGUUCCCUUAUGAUGAGGAUGAGGAGGCCACACUUGCAGGCGGGUAUUCACACAUAAGCAAUGGGAGCAAGUUUAUGGCUUCUGAUCACAAGAUUGGUGGAUUUGAUUAUUCUUCUGCUGCAGAUGGCAGCAUUGCAACCAUCAAUUCUUAUGGUGUUACUAGCGGUUUGGAUGAGCAUGGCUUGCACAAUAUUGACAGUAUGGAUCUCAGAUAUGACCAGCCGGCGCCUUUGGAUUUCCCAGGCCAAGAUCAUCUGGAAUUUGGCGAUAAUUUGUUAGAAUCAUCCUGGGAAUCUGAUCUACAGUGUGCCCUCCAUAACUUCCUGUUGGCACAUGCACAUUCUACAGCUGUUGCUCAGAGGAGAUGGACAAAGGUAUUCAGCGUUUAUAAAUGGUUCUCAAUUCGGAAGGCUGUAAUUUGUUAAAAAAAAAAAAAAUGAAACUGUAGAUACAAAAAUAAAAACAUAAAAAUAAAAGAGAGAGAUUGCUGCCCAUCUAAUUUGUAUGAGGGUCAUACAAAUUAAUAUUAAUACAACAAUUAAGUACUUGAUAUUGAUUUAGUUCCAAUGU